CAGCUGCAUCUCGGACGCGCUUCUCCUCCGCCCUCGAGGCCCUCCCCUUACUGGGUUGGGCCGUCUUCAGGCCUCCUUAGAGCCUCCUCCCAGUUGCCAGUUUCAGCGCCUCACCCUCCUCCUCACAGACAAGCAGCGCCGUGACCGAAGUCCGCCCCCGGACCAGAAGGCGUCACCCAGAAACCUUCCCCGGACGCCCUCCAACUACAACUCCCAUCAUGCCCUGAGGGUACGAGGUGGCCAAGCCUCCGAAAUGGCCGCAGAGACUACACUUCCCAGCGUGCAAAGGGUGGAGGACGAUGGCCUCUGCUACUAAACUUGCACCCGAUUGGCUGAGAGACAGAUCGCGCUUGAGGGGGAGGUCAAGGUUUAGGCUGUCAUUGAAGAUGGCGGCGUUUUGUGUCUCCGGCAUUGCUGGGAGAGACUUGACGCGGAUAUUCUUGGGAGCCACACGCAGAGAAUUUUGGUCUCUAUCCAGAAAAGAGAAAGAACCAGUGGUGGCUGCGCCCGUAGAAGAGAUAAGAAAAGAACCUGUUCUGGUGUGUCCACCUUUACGAAGCCGAGCAUACACACCACCCGAAGAUCUCCAGAGUCGUGUGGAAUCUCGUCUUAAAGAAGUUUUGGGUUCAUCUGUUCCUAGUGAUUGGCAGGACAUCUCCGUUGAAGAUGGUCAUGUGAAGUUCAGUCUGCUGGCACACUUAGCUGAUGACUUGGGCCAUGCAGUACCCAACUCCAGGCUUCACCAGAUGUGCAGAGUCAGAGAUAUUGUUGAUUUCUAUAAAGUCCCUGUUAAAGAUAUCUCUAAGUUUGAUGAACUUACUGCCAGCAAUUUGCCUCCUAAUUUGAAAAUCACCUGGGGUUAUUGAGUAAUUCAGAAAAUGGACUCACUGAAUAUCAUUUUGUCCUGAGAAAGUUGAAUGCUUAUUGGACCUUUUGAUACUUUUCCUUUUAUAAAACAACUUUCUGUAGAAGAGUAAUAUUUUUGUCUUGCUUUCUCUUUUCUCAUCAUGAAUCAACAAACAAAUAGCAGGCUUUUUUCAUGUUUUUCACAUUUGCUGAAGCUGUUUUUUGAAUACAGUAAAGUCAUUAAUAAUUUAUGGAAAAUUUUCAUAAGAGGACAUUGUUACUUGGGUUUACGAUAGGAGGCCAUUCCAAAUUCAGAUGUUGCUUUUACCCUUUCUAGGUAUAAACUUAAUAGUUACAUGAAAAUGCCCUCAUAUUAGGGCCCUUAGAUCUAAGAUGAAAUUAUUAUACAUUACAAUACAUAUACAAAUGAGGUAUUAGAUUAUUUUAAAAAGUCAAAGUAUGCAGUAUAUUUUAGAAAGUUGUUUUGUCACUUUACUGUUUGAAUAGAUGAAAAAUGUACUGUGCACUCAUGAUUAAUCACUUAGAAUUAAAGUAAAUUUCUUAAAGUA